AGAGGGGAGAAACGCUCGAGGCGAGUUCCUCGCUCGUGUUUACAACUUCGGUCAGUACGUUUUCAAACGUCAGUUGCGUUGGAACGAAUCGAGGAAGCGGAGUCGGUUUGAAAAGCCACUUCGUUAUCAUCGUGUUCACGGACUCGAUGAAUCGUGCACCAAGCGACUUUCGCAAACCGUAGUUCGGUGCUAACAGAGGAAAUUGACAAGCACUAAACCGUGCAAACAUACCGAACAUCAAAAGUUCCGCAACUGAUUGUGUGACUCGCGCAAACGGUCGGACGAUAAGGAGAUAACGCGUACACUUAGUGCGGACACGUUGCGAAAUGGGGAAAUUCGAGCUCCGAGUUAUUCUGAAAACGGCAAACUACAGUUGCCUUCUGCAAUCGUGAAAGUGAACACCGCCUGUCAGACCUCUGCGACUACUUGCGGGGUAAUUAUAUACAAUUAAACUAAUUGCCGAAAAGCCAGAUCUGGUUAAACAACAGCUGUUACAUAGUGAACGGUAUCGCAAUUGCUGUAAAUCAAAAAAAAAAAAAACAGAUACGUCAGAAAACAGUUGGAAAGUGCCGCUUAGCUGACAGUUCGGAAUUAUAAUCGUGAUUUACGGUACGUUAUACGUACAUCAAAGUUGAAGUGCGUCAUUGACAUAUCUCGCGGCCGCAAACGUCGUCGUUAGUCGCGUUAACUUAUCGUUACCGGUAUACGCAUUCAAUCCGCGCCACUGCCUCGCCGAGGUUCAGAAACAGCCAGACGAUGCUGCAAUCACGGAUGACGAACCAAUCGAAGAAAAACUUUUCAGAUGACCCCGGGGUCCAGAUCGAUUCGGGGUUCUUGUCGGGCCAGAACAUCACCGUCCUGCAAUCGGAGCAGGAACAACCUGCCGAUCUCAGGCUCCACGCCGAUCGGGAACACUCCGAGGUCUCGUCCUGGAAGAUCCAGCCCGACGUAGAUAUGAGAGUCGACAGCGGGAUCGUCGAGGCUGGUCUGAGCGAUACCAUGAGCCAACUCACCUUGACACACGUGACGAUAAACCACCUCAGAGGAAAGGUUCAGGCCGAACCAACCGACCAAUUGGCCCCGGUUACCGGUCGCAGAUUUUCGCAUCAUUCUUCGCCGGUUGACGAAGACUCCUACCUUGAACAAGCCCAGCAGCUUUGGAAGCUCUACUACUCGCAGGACGAGGAUGGCGACACACAGCUACACAUCGCCAUCGUCCAGGGUUUCCACGAGGUCGCAAUGAGCCUGAUAAGAAUGUCGCCUCAUCCCUCGCUCUUCGACUGCUUGAACAGCAAGCGCCAGGCGCCGUUGCACCUCGCUGUUUACACCCACCAGCCGAGCAUAGUGAGGCGACUAAUUUUGGCGGGAGCCGAUGCGAGCCUCAGAAAUUCAGACGGAAACACGGCGCUCCAUCUCGCCGCAGCAUCCGGGGACUUGGCCUGCGCCAGGGCGCUGACCGAGCCGAUAUCGUCCUGCGAAAGGAUGUACCUGACGCCCGGAAGGCAGGCGCCAGCGAUCCCUCAGGACCUCGAGCAGCGGAAUUACGAAGGAGAAACCUGCCUCCACGCUGCAGUCGUCGCAGGAAAUACGGAAGUCGUACGAUUGCUGAUCAGCGUCGGUGCGGAUCUCGAGGCUAAGGAGAGGCUGGGAGGAAGGACAGCUCUUCACCUGGCCAUCGAAUGCCGGAGAAAAGGUGUCACCAGCUUACUGUUGCAAGAGUGUAAUCCCCAGCUGGACGCCCUGACCUACGGAGGUGUUACCGCGUACGAAAUCGCAGCCGCAUGGGACACGCAGUUGGCAAAGGAACUCGGAAGGAGACUCGGUGCGACGAGUUCGCGCACCGCGGAUUUCAAGAACAACGACAAGCUUGCAAAAAUUCCCCAACUCUGGCAGAGUGUCGGAUUACGUGCCUAGGCGAGACGUGAAAUUUCAAUUCGCGUUUCAUCCAUUUUCCGUCGAACAUACCCAAACCGACGAAGCCGAUGAUCAAGAGUAAAUAAACGAACGGGCGAUUCAAUGGAACAACCGAAGUUUAUCCGACCAAGCGAAUCGCGUCCUGUGCAAAAGGAUAAAGAAAACGGGAGCUGGAUGUCACAAUUUGCUGCAUGUACGACGCACCAGCGUGACUUGUAACCUUCAGGUUCGAGAUGACGGAUGAAGAAACGUUUUCCGGUAUAACCACGGAGUAUUGAUUCUUGGGGUGAGAUAAAGAAAAAAAAAAAAGAACAAAAAAUAGAGAAACGAUGGAUGAUCCGAGGAACGUGCAGCGAUGCCCGAUUCUCACCGAUAUUGUAUAUUGGACGUGUUGAUGUAUAUAUUAUAGAUAGGUAUAUGAGCUAUAUGAACAUGUACACUGGUUACAAUUAGUUAAAAAUUUUCAUGUAUAUAUAUAUACUAUAUAUAUAUAUACUUAAAAAAUAUUUUAUAUUUAUAUUUACAUGUUACAUAUACGUGUAUAUUUGAACAUAGGUAUAUGUUAUAUUAUGUACGUAUGGAUGUACAUGACGGAGACUGUGAAUGGGACGACUUCUCACGUCGACUUAUGUAUUAAUAAUUUUCUUAAUUAUACCAGAAUCGCAAAUUAGACUGUAACAGUGGUGAAGAAAUAGCCCAACGAAGAAGAAAAAAAAAAAAUACCCCGCAUGUGUAAAUAUCGUCAUUCCUUGUUAAAACUGCAUGUGUAAACGUGCCGUCGUUGCGAAUCGCGAGUAAGUGACAGGAUAAUGUCAAUGUCAUUCUCGUGAUAAAAUUAGCGUUUAUACAUUUUAAUAUAAAAAAUAAACCAACGAUUAUAAACCAAGA